UUCCCAUACACAUAUCACAUCAAACAUAAAUUCUGUCUUCUCCCACAAAAACCUCGUCCUUCCUCCUCUCCCUUUUCCUCUUUGUUUUCUUUUCCACAUUUUCCUCUUUUUUCACGUUGCUCUAUUAACUACUACUACUACUUCAUUCUUUAGCUUUUCACCAUGAUAAAAUGAACUGUCUUUAGCUCCUACACCUUUUCUUCUGCUAUAUUUCACUUGGUUCAUAGGCUCACUCUGUUUUGGUUAAUCUUGAAAAUCAGUUUCUUGAAAGAAAAAACAUGUUUUUUCUUUCUUUUUCUUUCAUGAGUGUAAACCCCAUCUGAUUUUUGUACUCAAAACCAUAUUCUGAUCUGGGUUUCUUCUUUUCAUUUAAGUGUAGGAAAAAAAAAAAAGAAAAACAUGAUUUCACUGUCAGACCUUUACCAUGUUCUCACAGCUGUAGUACCACUGUAUGUAGCCAUGAUAUUGGCUUAUGGUUCAGUAAAAUGGUGGAAAAUUUUCAGCCCAGAUCAAUGUUCAGGAAUCAACAGAUUUGUGGCUCUUUUUGCAGUUCCAUUGCUAUCUUUUCACUUCAUUGCAUCCAACAAUCCUUAUGCCAUGAACUAUAAGUUCAUAGCUGCUGACACUUUGCAAAAAGUCAUAGUUCUUGUUGUUUUAGCCAUUUGGUCAAGAAUUAGCUCAAGGGGGUCCCUUGAAUGGUCCAUUACUUUGUUUUCUCUUUCCACUUUACCAAACACUUUAGUUAUGGGCAUCCCUUUGUUAAAGGGUAUGUAUGGUGAAGCUUCAGGAAGUUUAAUGGUUCAAAUUGUUGUGCUUCAGUGUAUCAUUUGGUAUACUUUGAUGCUUUUCUUGUUUGAGUAUAGAGGUGCAAGAAUGCUUAUUGCUGAGCAAUUUCCUGACACUGCAGGGGAUAUUGUUUCCUUUAAAAUUGACUCUGAUGUUAUGUCAUUAGAUGGGAAAGAACCAUUAGAAACUCAAGCUGAAGUUGGUGAAGAUGGUAAACUUCAUGUAACUGUGAGAAAAUCCUGUAGUUCAAGGUCUGAAGUUUUUUCAAGAAUGUCACAUGGACUUAACACUGGUGUUUCAUUAACCCCUAGACCAUCAAACUUGUCCAAUGCUGAGAUUUACUCUUUACAAUCUUCAAGAAAUCCAACCCCUAGAGGUUCAAGCUUUAACCACACUGAUUUGUACUCAAUGGUGAAUGGGAAAAGUGCAAAUAUGAGUCCUAGGACAUCAAAUUUUGGCAACAUGGGAUUUGAUGAGGAGAAUGGAUUUGGUGGGAGGGCAAAUGGGGUUUAUGGACAGGGUAAUGUAGGGUACCCUGCACCUGCUAAUGCUGGAAUUUUUUCACCUGCUACUGGACCAGGGGCCAAGAAAAAAGCUAAUGGAACUGAAGGUGGUAAAGAUCUUCAUAUGUUUGUUUGGAGUUCAAAUGCUUCACCAGCUUCUGAAGGUGGAAUUCAUGUGUUCAGAGGAGGAGAAUAUGGUAAUGAGCUUGGUGUUGGAGCUCACCCAAAAGAUUACGAUGAUUUUGGCCGAGAAGAGUUCACUUCCGGUAAUAAGAACCCUAAUGGAUGUGAUCGAGAAGGACCGGUGCUAAAAAAGCUAGGCUCAAGCUCUACGGUUGAGCUGUUUCCCAAGACUGCUAAUGAAACUAAGGCUACUGCUAUGCCUCCUGCUAGUGUUAUGACCAGACUUAUUUUGAUUAUGGUCUGGCGAAAACUUGUUAGGAACCCAAAUACUUAUUCCAGUCUCAUUGGCCUCACUUGGUCCUUGGUCUCAUUCAGGUGGAAUGUUGAGAUGCCUGUGAUUAUAGCCAAAUCAAUAUCUAUUCUCUCUGAUGCUGGUCUUGGAAUGGCAAUGUUUAGUCUUGGUUUGUUCAUGGCGUUGCAGCCUAGAAUGAUUGCCUGUGGAAAAACAAUUGCUUCCUUCUCUAUGGCAGUGAGAUUCAUCACUGGUCCAGCAGUCAUGGCCGCAGCCUCCAUCGCUGUUGGACUUCGAGGUGUUCUUUUGCACAUUGCAAUAGUUCAGGCAGCUCUACCUCAAGGGAUUGUUCCUUUUGUCUUUGCAAAAGAAUACAAUGUUCAUCCCGAUAUACUGAGCACAGGGGUUAUAUUUGGGAUGUUAAUAGCCCUUCCAAUCACUCUGGUCUACUACAUUUUGCUGGGGCUUUGAAGCUGAAGACAGUAAUGUUACAGAAGCUAUUAAAUCUCAAAAGAAAUGACAUUUUUAAUUUUUGCCACUGCUUUUUAUGGCUUCUAACAAAAUGAGCUCUCACUUCUCAGUAACCUAGUAGAGAUAAAAAGAUGAUAGCAGAAAGGGAAGGCAACAAGAGAGAGAAAUUGAUGAUUAGAAUUAUUUUGUUGUCUCUUUAUCCCUUCUAUAUUUUUUAUUAGAAUUAAUUUGUUGUCUCUUUAUCCCUUGUAUUUUUGAACCUAGUGAUGUACAAUGUUAUUUAACUCUUGCUUUUCAUGAAGUAAGUGAAAGCUCAUUUCUCCAUUUGA